AUGAGUAUUGGAGUACCAGUCAAGAUCUUACACGAAGCAGAUUCACAUAUAGUGACGAUCGAGUUAAAGAAUGGUGAAAUGUACAGAGGCACAUUGAUGCAAAGUGAAGACAAUAUGAAUUGCAAGUUAAAGAUUGUUACAAUGACUGCUAGAGAUGGCAAGCAAUCACAACUCGAACAAAUCUACAUUCGUGGCAGCAAGAUUAGAUUCAUCAUCUUGCCCGACAUUCUCAAGAACGCUCCCAUGUUUAAGCGUAUCGAUGGAAAGACUGUACUACGUGGAAAGAGUUUGGGUAUUGGUAGAACUAUGGGUAGAGGAACUAGAGGUGGUGGUCCUCCAGGUGAAAGAGGUAGAGGUGGAGGUAGAGGACGUGGAUUUGGUGAAAGAGGUGGAUUCGGUGGUGACAGAGGUGGAUUCGGUGGUGGUGAUAGAGGAGGUCGUGGUAGAGGAUUUGGUGAUAGAGGUGGUUUUGGUGGAGGUGGUUUUGGUGGAGCUCCAUCUGGUUUCCAAUAG